GGUUGUAGCUCUCCCACUCCACAGCUGUCUGUCCAUCCACCAGCACCAAGCCAUCAUGUGGGAGCUCCUGACGCUCUUGCUGCUCACCCUAGCCUAUUUUCUUUGGCCCAAGAUAAGACGCCCUGGUGCCAAGUACCCCAAGAGCCUCCCAGCCCUGCCUCUGGUGGGCAGCCUGCCUUUCCUCCCCAGACAUGGCCAUCUGCAUACCAACUUAUUCAAGCUGCAGGAAAAAUACGGCCCCAUCUUCUCCUUUCGUCUGGGUACCAAGACUACAGUGGUUGUCGGCCACCAUCAGCUGGCCAGGGAGGUGCUCAUCAAGAAGAGCAAGGAAUUCUCCGGGCGGCCCUAUGUGGUGACUUUGGACAUCUUGUCAAACAACCAAAAGGGUGUUGCCUUCGCAGACUACGGUCCCCACUGGCAGCUGCAUCGGAAGCUGGUGCAGGCCACCUUUGCCCUCUUCAAAGAUGGCAACCAGAGGCUAGAGAAGAUCAUAUGUCAGGAAAUCAGCUUAUUAUGUGAUUUCCUGGCCACCCAGAAUGGAAAGUCCAUAGAUUUGGACUAUCCUGUCUUCCUGGCGGUGACCAACAUAAUCUGCAUGAUCUGCUUCAACUCCUCCUACAAGUACGGGGAUCAUGAGGUGAAGGUCAUACAGGAGUACAAUAAGGGCAUCGUGGAUACUCUGGACAAUGAUCUGGUGAACAUCUUCCCUUGGUUGACGAUUUUCCCCAACAAAACCCUGAAAAUGAUGAAGAACUGUGUUAACAUACGAAAUCAACUGCUAGAUAAAAUCCUCCAAAAAUACAAGGAGAAAUUCAGCAGCAACUCUAUCACCAACCUACUGGACAUACUGAUCCAAGCCAAGCUGAACUCAGACAAUAACAACAGUGGCCCAGACCAGGAUUCAAAGCUGCUUUCUGAUAAACACAUUCUUUCCACGGUGGGAGACAUCUUUGGGGCCGGUGUGGAAACCACCACCUCUGUGAUGAAGUGGACUGUGGCCUUCCUGCUGCACAAUCCUCAGUUGAAGAAGAUGAUCCAGGAGGAGAUUGAUCAGAACAUAGGUUUUGGCCACACACCAACUGUCAGUGACCGGAACCGCCUCGUCCUCCUGGAGGCCACCAUCCGAGAGGUGCUCCGCAUCCGACCUGUGGCUCCCCUUCUUAUCCCCCACAAGGCAACCAGUGAUUCCAGCAUUGGUGAGUUUGCCAUUGACAAGGGCACAAGAGUUGUCAUCAAUUUGUGGGCACUGCAUCACAAUGAGAAGGAGUGGCUCCAGCCAGACCAGUUCAUGCCUGAGCGCUUCCUGGACCCAAACAGGAGCCAGCUCAUCUCACCAACGUUGAGCUACUUGCCCUUCGGAGCGGGACCCCGUUCCUGUGUGGGUGAGAUCCUGGCCCGCCAGGAAGUCUUCCUCUCCAUGGCCUGGAUGCUGCAGAGGUUUGACCUGGAGCUGCCAGAAGAUGGGCAGCUGCCCUCCCUGGAGGGCGACCCCAAAGUGGUCUUCCUCAUCAAGCCCUUCAAAGUGAAGAUCAAGGUGCGCCAGGCCUGGAGGGAUGCUCAUGCUGAGGGUAGCCCCUAGAGGCCAGACCUAGCACUCCCUGAACCCGCCCGUAUUCUAUGCCCCUUAGCACAGAAUUAGAGCUGCUGCUCCCACCCAGCCCCAUUGUGCCUCCUCCUCCCAGCCCACUCUGCCUUCCUUUCCGGCCUGCAGCACUGGCAGUGAGAUGCAAAAACUAAACAGUUUUUUCAGAGGGUUCCUGAGCUGUUCAUUCAUUCAUUUAUUUAUUUGCUCACUCAUUCUUUCAACAAAUAUUUUGAGCACCUGUUAUACACAAUUCCAGUACACUCAAACUCUCUGGGCUCUUGAAGCUUACAUUUUAGUGAGGGCUGAUGAAUAAAUAAGAA